CUGUUUAUCAGAUUAAAUUUUUACAUUAAACUUUAAGACACUUCAAUUGAUCACUAACGAUUUAUCUUCAAUAGUCUCUUAACACAUUUUAGUGCUCAUAACUUAAAGGGGAGAAUAGUUAAGAAGGUUAUAUACAGUAGCUCUAUGGAAACUGCACCAAUGCUUUGGUAAGGUAGGUAGGUUACACCGGCAGUAAGACUUCAAGUCGUUCUAGUACGGUUUUUUUUUCAUGGAUCUAGACGUUUUAGAUGGUGUAACUUUCAUCCAAUACCCAUUGGAUGAGGCAACCUUAAGGAAAGUAGUUGAAGAAUGGCCAGUAUCAGUAGAAUUUACUAAAUUAGUGGAAUGGUUAACUAAAGAGCUUCAGUACUUCUGUAAGCUAGAUGAACAUGUAAAUGCUAUUACUACCUCAGAUGAUACCAGUUCCUUUUUAUUAGAGUUGAGCAGUUUCUUAAAAGAACUAGGUUGCACUUACAAAAAUCUUACUGAGGGAAACAUUGAUAACAGAUUGAAAACUAGUAAUGAUAGGUAUUUACUCCUUGACUUCCUGAUAUCAGAGGUCCUUGCUGCAAGAAUUACAAAUGCAAAAAAGCCAUCUAGUAAUGAUAUUGAACUAACCCUAAAUGAAAGUAACAGUGCAGCAUCAAUGAGAAAAAUGCUCAUGGCACUGAGUUUUCCUAAACCUCCUUCUAACAUUACUGCUCAAAUGCUCUUCACGAAAGUUCAGAACAAGGUGAAAGAAUUGUCUGAUAAAUGUAUCAAUGACCCUUUGUUCUGUGGUCUAUUAUCACCGAAGCAGUGGAAUGUCCUCUCUCAAUUGCAAGAUGAUCUUAAGGAGGAAUAUCGGAUUAGAAGGCAAAUGUUGUUAAAAAGGCUUGAUGUUACUAUUCAAUCUUUCCAAUGGUCUGAAAGGAUGAAAGGAAAAGAGAAUGAAAUAGCGAAGCUAUAUUUGGACAAAAGGAAAGCACUUGUGGACGAGCCAUCCGUAUUACUGUCAGAUCUAUUGGCUUCCAGGGCACACCUUGCUAUAUUGGAGAAGACAUCAAAUUCAAAUGUUAGAAAGAAUACUCAGUCGUCGUUAAACAAAGUUAUAAUUGGAAGGGUUCCGGAUCGGGGUGGAAGGCCACAGGACCAGCAGCCGCCUCCUCCAGAGAUGCCAAGCUGGGCACCUCGAGCGAACCAACCGCAAGGUGGAUUUGGUGGUGGUGGAUUUGGCGGUGGAGGAGGUGGAGGUGGACGAGGCGGCGGCCGUGGUGGAGGUCGUGUCCAAGGUGGAUGGAAUUCCGGUGGUGAUGGAUACCAAGGAGGCAGGGGUCACCAGGACAGCUACCAAGGAGGUAGAGGCCAUCAAGACAGCUACCAAGGAGGCAGGGGUCACCAGGACAGCUACCAAGGAGGCAGGGGCCAUCAGGACAACUAUCAUGGAGGUGGGAGAGGCUAUCAGGAUAACUAUCAAGGAACCGGUGGCAAUUACUAUCAAGGAGGUGGAGGAAAUAGGGGCAGAGGCGGAAGGGGUCGAGACAGAGAAAGAUACUAGAGGAAGUGAAAAAGGGGUUGCUAACCAACAGAGGAAUUACUAAUCUCGGGACUUCUCUCUAUUUAAGUGAUUGCUGGAUCUGAUCUAAAUGCAGUUCGAAUUGGAUGAGAAGCGAAAUUGUGAUGUAUAUUUCUUGUCCAUAUAUUUAUAUAUAUAUUUUAUAUAUUUGUCAGACAAAUACUGGCAUAUCUAUAUAAAAAUUCCAAGUUUAUAAAUUUAAAUAGAAUUUAUUUAAAUUGUAUUUAUAAAUAUAUUCACAAACUGCAGAAUCAUUAUAUAAUGGAUUAAACCUGUAUAAAAUUUAAUUUAAAAAAAAAUUUACAUUUAUUAAACAUUGCAUAGCAAAUUCAAGAA